AUGAGUAUUAAUGAAAAUUCAGAAAUCACCUCGGUUUUUCAUGUUCAUUUACCAUUCAAUACGGAUUCGUACAAACUCACGGUUUUGGGUAGUUGCGAAGCUUUAGGCAAUUGGCAAACUCCUAAAGUAUGGCUUUACCAAAUUCCAAAUUCUACCCUUUGGGUAUCUGAUCGUGUGCGUUUCCCAAAAAACUUAGAGGUUCAAUACAAAUAUUGUUUGGUUUCACCAGAGAAUGUAUUAAAUUUUGAAGGUUAUGAGCUCGCAACUUGUAGGAGAAUGGAACCUCGUGGAAAUCUUUACGACAUUUGGAGCGAUAGCACCGAAUUUAAAAAAGAUCAAUUUUCAAAUGAAGAUUUUGUAUUUACCGAUUAUAUUUACAACAACAUAAAAUCUCCCUGUAGCUUAAAGAAUGGGAUUAUGGAUUAUCUAUAUGUUUUAAACAAGCAUUGGAGAGGUCUUACAGAAUUUGAAAAAAUAGUCAAUUUCAUUAGCCAGCACUUAAAAACAAACAAAACUAAAGAACAAAUACUAUUUUUAUACGUUCUUCUCGGCUAUCACAUAGAACAAAAUGGCUGGUUACACGGAUCUAAUCUUCCAGAUGGUUUCCAAUCUUCCAUUAUGAUAAAGGAAUUUAAAAAUAUCGAUGAUGAUUUUAGCCUACCUUCCAAUACAAAAUUCUUGGUCGUGAAUACCAUUAACGCAUUGAUUCAACAUAACUCUAAACACGGUUCUUUAGAUUGGAUCAAAAUAUUUGCACUUGCACUUAAGUUUGAUGCAUCAUACUCAUUUAUUGAUUCGAUUGAAGCAUAUGAUUAUAAAAUGCAACCUGAUGAACCUGACGAUUUCAUAAAAUUAUUAGAAGUAUUAAAAUCUAGUAUUAAUGAUCUUAACAAUGCUGGUGCGUUAAACAAAAUGAUGAAUAAACUUGUUAAAAUAUCAUAUGAUGCGGAAUGUCUUGCAUAUAUGAUGGAAUGUUUUAAAGAAUUGAAGGGUAGCGUCAAUUUUCUAUAUGCAAUUCGUAGGAAGCUCUUGGAAUUGCUUGAGAAAAAGAAGUUAGAUUGGAAUGAUAAGAAUAUUGUUUCACUCCAAAAACUUCUUAGUGAUCCUAAUUUGAAAUGGCACCCUAGAGAAUAUGUAAGCGUGCUAGAAGCAAUUGCAGAGUCUGAUCAAAUAAUUGUGUUGGAAUAUUUUCCUGGAAUUUUUAGAUGCAUAAUGGAAUUGAAUCCGAACGCAAUUAAAAAGGAACUCGAGCAAGAAUCAAUCAAAUGGUUAAUAAAUAUCUGUAAACAAAAAGGAAGUUCAGCUCAUAACAUCUUCCAUUGUCUCUCAACAAUACAUUCAACUUCAGCACAUAGCCAAGAACUUUUAAACAAAUUUAUGAAUCAUAAUAUUGUGAUGUCAUUAUCUGAUGACUCUGUACUAUCGAUUACAUCACGUAUUAAUGUUAGCAACUUUCAUGAGGAUAUAAUAACUCAUUUUAUGUCCUUAUUAAAAUUCCGAGUUGAACUUCUCAUUCGGGAUCCUGAUGAGCGCCUAUUGAAAAUUAUCAUGCAAAUUUGUGAUAGCGAAUCGACUUUAAACAUUCCAAAUAGCUAUUGUGAAGAAAUUAUAUGUUUUAUACUCAGUCACUUGCAACAAGAUAAAGUCGUUAAAUUUCCCGAAACGGAAUUAUUUCAACUUUCAUUAUUCCAAUUUGCUAAAUUUUGGAUGGCCAUAUUUAAAGCAAAAGGUGAAAUUCAAAAGUUGCGUUCUCAUCCAUAUUUUAAAGAAGCAUGUAAAACAGUCACUCUUAUGGCUAUGGAUAUUAGAAAUAACACUAUUACGAUAAAAUUGUUUCAAAAAGUAUUUAAUUACUUUAGUAAUACCGGGAUCCUUAAGGAUUAUAUUAACUCUGCUAUAGAAAAUUACUCAGAAGAAAUUGAAUUAAUUACAGAUGAAAUUCUAGAAAAAAGUCACAAUCAAUGUAACGAAUACAAUUCAACUUUAGAACGUCUCCGAAAAUUUUAUGAAAAAUUCUGUCCUUCUCAAUUAGUACCAGAUAUACAAUCUUACCUUAACGAUUUAACAAAAGCAUCAGCCAGUACAGCACUUAAAGAAUCAUAUUUCGAAAACCAUCAGUCAAUGCAUUCAGUGACUGUUAAAAUUAUGAAUGAUUAUUAUCAUUUUAUUGACUCACAAACCUUCUAUAACGUCUUUCAAAUUGAAUUGAAUGAAGGAUUGACAGUCAAAGAAAUAAUGAAUAAUAUUUUUAAAAAGGUCGUAAAAAAUUAUGAGAUCAAAUGUGGAGAACAUGAAAAGAAAGAAAUCAAAUGUACUGCUAUAAAUGAAUUCUGGACAAAUGUAAAUUCAGAACAAGUCGAUAAAGAAGUUAGGUUUAUGACCCCUUACUUUGAAAAGUUAAAGUCAAGAGCUCACAAUGUCCAAAGAUUAAUCUGUUCAGUGAAACUUUUAGUUAAUAUCACGUUAAUAUUGGAAAGACUACAUCAAUUAAUGAUUGUGGUUAAAAUUUUGGAUAUUACUCUGUGUGAUCAAGAUUUUUGGGUAGAAGAACUGAUUAAUAACUUGGAAGACAAGGAGCUGCUGCUUUACCAACUAUGCGAAUCUUUUGAUGAACUCAAUAAAAUUGAAAUGACCUUAUUGUUGACAAAUGAUAUUUGGUUAGCAAUUGAGAAAAUUUGUGAUUAUAAAGAUUUUAUCAUUUUCCUUAAAUCACUUGUCGGAGAUGAUCUUCAAAAUUUAAUUAAUAAUGUUGAUGAACAUUUAUAUAAACAUUUAAUUCAACAAAAUAUUGUCCAGACAUUUAUUCAGGUAAAACAGAUAUUGGAACCUUUAUUAGAUGAGAAAAUAGAUAAUGAUGGGCAUUCAGCCGUGCAAGAAUUCUUUCAAAUUUUAUAUAACAUCAUAAAUAGGAACCCAUCUCUAAUCUCAAAGUUACGAUUGUGUAAUACAAAUGUCCAAGCAUUAAAGUAUUUGUAUAGGAAGAUAACAAAUAGAGAUGUAACCCAAACUUGGUUAAGAAAAUUACGACAUAGACAGACACUUAAUGAAAUUUUAGACCGAAUUAUAAAUCCCAAACCUUGUGCUGCUAUUCUUUAUUGA